CAGGAUAAAUGAUACAAUAAAAAAAAAAGCCUUUUUUUUACUCUUUCUUUCUUUUUAUUUUCUCUCUCGCUCUCUCUCCCUUGACAAUAAACAAUCAUUUUGAAUACAAUGAGUCAUAAAGAAUAUUAUCAAAAACUUUCACUUCCUCCAACACCAACAACACCUUCACAAAAAGACAAACAACUAUUGUUUCAAGAAACUAGUUACGAACUAAAUCUCCGACACUUAAUAUCAGAAGUGGAGUCUGCAGAUAUUCAAAGUCGUCUUCAGGCUGCAAUAGAUAAAGUGAUGAUGGACUGGGCUGAUAAAUACGAUGCCUUAGCCGAUUCAGUCCAUCAGCUUGAACGUUCUAAAGCAAUGUUGGAGCAUCGCUUAAGCUCACAAUCACAGCAUUAUGAGCGAUGUCUACGAGAAAUGCAAAUGUAUUACAAGUCACAACAAAGCAGCCAUCAAAGGCGUAGAUCAUCCAUUCCUUUCUCAAGUAACAUAAGCUGUGUCUCUUGCAAAAGCUAUCUUUCUUCAAGUUCAGCAAGGUCUUCUUCAUGCGCUUCUUCUAUACAUACAUCUUUCUCCAUGUUGGAAGAAGCAGUGGUGGAACCUAACUUUUAUGACCAAGAAACUAUAGAGGAAUUGAGCACAGACCUCGAUGUUUAUUCAUCCAUUAUAGCAGAUGAAACGCAAGAAAGUUUACCAGAGAGCAGUAAAAUAACAAACAACGAUAGCCAAGCAACCAUCACGAAAGCCGCGGUUCCUAUAGCUUCAGAAGACGUGUUGGUCUUUGCUUGUGGCGAUGGGUUCUGGAAUACGAUUGCUCGAGGGAAAGCAAAUAAACCUGAAGUAAUUACACUUGUGGGGUAAAGAAAGGAGAGUUUCCAUAAAAAGUUAAGAAUAAUCUUUUUUAUAAACACAAUAGAAACUAUCUUCGUCGUGCGGGGAAUCCUAAUGUGGCAAAGAAUUCUGAUACGGUCAAGAGCGUCAA